AUGAGUUCCGAUCCACUCAAUCCAUCUCGUUUCGCUCAUCAUCCGGCGCUGGCAAGAAUCAUCGAAAGUGGGAGAACGGCGUUGCCAACUGGAAUUUCGACCACCGGAGCUCUGUCAGGUUAUGCUCAGAAUGCGGCCGCUAUGAUCCGUGACAAUCGGGAUCGCGAGAAGCGGGAGAUUGCGGAUCUGAACGACCGAUUGGCUCGUUACGUCGAGAAGGUAUUCUAUUUUUGCUUAUAUGUAGGGGUGUUUGAAAAAGUAUGAGAUUAUCAGCAAAUUCACGGUGUUCAAGCACAAAUUUCUUCGAACAACUCUUACGUUCUUGUUUUUGAAACAUUAUGCUAGUUGUACGGUUCAAGUUAACCGCGUGAUUGUCCAGAAUGUUUAGUUGUUUAUCAUUAACCGUUUGAUCUUGUUUUAUGCAUGUUUACACUCUUUUUGCUCAGCGUAGAUAGUGUUAUAGGACUGAACAUUGAUGCAUUUGAAUUCCUCGACCUUCAUUCUCGAUAUUUACAAGAGCAUUUUUAGGUGCGAUUCCUGGAAGCACAAAACCGUGUUCUGGAAAAUGAUAUUGGAUUGUUCCGUCAAGCGGCUCACCUUCACUCACAGAAAAUUGCAGUUUACUAUGAAGCCGAGAAGACGGUACGAACUCCCAGAAUCUUCAGAAAUUUUGAUUGUUUUGAUUUUCAGUCUCUUUUCACUUUGAUUCGUGAAAAUGAAGCCAAAGUUUCAUCCGCCGAGCAGAACAUUCGAAAGUUAGAGCCGGAAGUGAAAACUGCGAGAGCAAGGUGUGUUUCGCUGGGAUAAUGAUGAUUCAUGAUGACUUUUCAGCUUGGAAAGUUCAAUUGAGCAGCGUAAAAGAGCGCGAGCUGAUAAGAAAGUGCAGCUGAAAAAAUUGUCCGAAAUUGAGGCCGAGGUAUAGCAGCGUUUUAGUCGCAGGUUACCGAUCCAGUAAAAUCUCAAAAGGUCACUUUCAGAACGCGUACAUCAAGCGUUUGAUCAACGACUCUGAAGAAGAGAAAAGUCACAUCAACGCGGAAAUUUCUCGUCUCCGCUCCGAAAUCAAACGCAAUCUGGCUCUCCGUGAUAAGGAACGCGGAAAUUACUCUCGUGCGCAAGCUACCGCUCAAGAACUUCUGAAGCGUUUGAAUGGAAACAUAACGCAGCAUGAGAUCGCCAUUCGUGAUGAGAUCAGCAAGGCCAGAAGGGACACCACUGACAAGAACCGUGACUACUUCCACAAGGAACUUCAAUCGGCCAUGAAGGAAAUUCGUGAUCAGUUUGAGAAGGAGUCCCGAAAGGCUAGAAAGACGUGGGACGAGUGGUACAAGUCGAAGAUCUCGGAGAUCAAGAAGGGAUCAGAACGAUUCAGUUUGAAUCAGAAUCAAGCGAGAGUAAUAUUAAUGCCAUUAAAAAAUUGUUUCUCCAAAGAUCUUAUUCAAACGUUCAGGAAGAAAUCCAUCGCAUCCGUUCAUUCCUCAACGAGCUUCGCAACAAGAUUUCUGAUGCUGAGACUACGGUAAAUGACAUUCGGGCUUGGUGACAUGAAAAUGGGCUACUUUCAGAACCAACAACACAUCAAAAGAAUGGAGGAUAUGCGUUUCCGUGAAGAAGAAGAUCUCCGCACGUUCGAGUUAGCGCUGACUGAGAAGGAAAAUGCCGUGAUCAAGAUGAGAGAAGAGUGCACCAAAAUGUCUGUAGAAUUGGACAGAUUGUGCGAGAACCAAGUUGUGAGUAGUUUAUCAAACAAACCUUAGAAUGAUUCUAAAAAACGUUUGUAGAAAACUCUCAUAUAAAUAGUUUAGAAAGGUUCCUGGUAAGCUUCUAAAAGAAAAACUCAAUUUUCCAUAAGCUUCCUCUGAUCCUUUAUCCUUUCAGAAUCUCCAUAAUGAAAUCACUCAUUACCGAAAACUGCUGGAUAAUGCGGAGAAUCUGCGAACAACAUUCCAAAGCAAUUUUGUCAUUGACACUCCCGCACCGACCUUGCGCACAACGUCUUAUCACUCCUAUGGCACAGCUUACACUUUGAACGCCAAAGACUCAAGUUGAUUUUUCUUAUUGAUACAUUUUAUUUAUCAAUCAAAUACUCCCGCUAGUUUUUUUUUCCUUCAAAAAAUGUUAAUGAAUAACACCGCUCCGUACUGCAUGUUCAAUUCUUUUUUCUUCUUUUUAGUUCAGUUAGCGCUUUUAGUUUUUUUAUACAGAAUUGUACCUGAAGGAGAUCAAAAUCAAAAAGAAGAAAAAACUUGUUCAUGGGGUACGUUUCACUUGCGCAUCCCUUAUAGUCUCCUAACUUCUUAUUGAUUUUCAGAUGAUAGAACUGUUCGCUUUGACAACAUCGAUCUGUCCAUCAUCAACCAUAAUCAAUUCAGAAGUUCCAGCAAAGGAGAUAUCAAAUUUAUUGUGAGCAACCGUCCCGGGGUGUCUAAAUUGCCACCAUAUGUUUCUAGGAUCACAACGACGAGUCAGUUACCAUCGAAAACUCGAAUGGAUACCGUUCACACGAUCUCUCCAACUGGAAGAUCCAGCAUUAUGUGAACGGUGGUCUUGUUGGAUUGUACAUCUUCCCAGUGGCUACUCAUAUCCAACCCGGCCAGAAGAUUACUGUAAUUUCGUCAUGCCCAUGUGUCGUUUUUCACUGCCUUCUUUUCAGAUUCAUUCGUCCAAUUCUCAAGUUCUUGUUGCUGAUCACAUUGCAUACCAAAUCGCCAGUUUCAACUUCUCAAAGAACACUAAAACCAUUCUGGUUGAUGAAGCCGAUGAGGUGAAUCAUACUGCAGUUUAUGUACAUAAUCUCAUCGUUUUUUUCAGGAAGUUGGAUGGUAUGCGCAUGUCACCUACAGUCAUUAA